CUGCAGCCAGCCCUCUGCCUGGCGUGCCCCUGGUCGUGCCCAGCAUGGGUUACGUUGAACCUGGCAAGCAGCAAGUGCUGAAAGUCUAUUACCUGCCAGGAGUGCCUGGAGUCUUCUGCAGGGCUUUCCAGAUCCAAGUGGGUCACCUGGAGCCAGAAAAAGUCUGCCUGAAAGGAGAAGGGACCUUUCCCAGGAUCCACUUGGACCUGCCCAGGAACAUCAAAGGCAACGCCAAAUAUGAGAAGAUCCUCCAAAAGGCCCAAGAAAAGCUGGACAAAGGCAGCCAGAGAGACGAGGCCAUUGCUCUGGGGGAGGCUGUGGCAGCCGAGCCCCACAUGGACGACUCAGGCACCAUGAUCAGCUUUGAUAACUGGGCAGGGAGAGACACUGGAGUUCAUUUCUUUGGAGCUAUGAUCCUGCCUGAGAGAGCAGGAAGUGUCCCAGACACUGAGCAAGCUGAGCUGCCCGAAUACAUCCUGGACCUUGGCUAUGUUGUUCCCGGUGACAUCCACACACACACGGUGAAGAUCACCAACACCGGGCACUUCCCCGCAUCUUUCCGUGUCGAUGGAUAUGUCCUGUAUAACACAGGCUUCAGCGUGUGCCUGGAGCGUGUGAAGCGCCUGCCCUCCUGUGAGAGCAAGACAUUUGAAGUGUGCUUCGACCCACAAAGUGCCAACGUGCCCCUGGGAAAAGUGGAUGUGCUCCUGCCCAUCAAGAAGUGCUACCGGGGCGAGCUGCAGAUCCAGAUUUGCCAGAGCAGCCAACGCCUGCAGCCCCUACGGACACCGAAAGAUGACAACAGCCCCAACAGCUUGUUGCUGCCUCCGUGUGCCCCGGGAGAGAAGCUGAAUGCUGAGGCCCAAGGAAGGUGCAUAAAAAUGAAGGUUGACGUUGUGGAUCCACCAGGAAAGGUGGUGAAGCUGGGAAACGUCUGCAUUGGACAGACGGUGAAGAAGAUGGUCACUGUAGCCAACAAGAGUGCAGCCCCUCUCACCUUUAAGCUGAGGGUCACGUCCACCGUGCCAGAGUUGCAGGAAGCUGGGGUUCUGUGCUUGAAGCCCAGCAAGGAUCUAAAGCUGAAGGGCAGAGGAGACACCUGCAAAGUGGAGGUGACCUUCUCCCCGAAGCGCCGCAUGCAGCCGUUCAGCGGGGAAGUGCUGCUGGAGUGCCGCGGGCUGGUGCGCUCCCUCUGUGUGGUGCGGGGCUCCUGCCAGGGCAGCCUCGUGAGCCUGGACCAGGACCAGCUCAGCUUUGGAGCCGUGGUGCAGCAGAGCUACACGUGCCGGCGCGUCGUCAUGCGGAACGCGGGCGACACGAGAGUCAGGUUUAUGUGGGACGUGGAGAGCUUCAAGCCAGACUUUUCCAUCAGCCCCACAAAGGGUUACAUCAGCCCAGGGAUGGAUGUGCCCUUGGUUGUGACCUUCCGCCCCUCGAAGCUGAGCCAGGCUGUCCAGUACGAGGGGCUGCGGUGCUUCAUCCAGGGCAGUGAGGCGCUGCGGCUUACGCUGGCAGGAUCCUGCGUGGAGGCCCCUGGCCCCAAAGAGACGCUGACUUUCAGCUGCAAUGUGCGUGAGAAGCAGAGCCAGACCAUCCUCCUGUCCAACCCGAGCAGCGAGGCCUGGACCCUGCAGCCCAUCAUUGAGGGGAAAUACUGGAAAGGGCCUGAAUUUAUCCAUCUGGAGGCCAGGCAAAAAGAAAAGGUCUACCAGGUCACCUACAGACCCCUAACCAUGAGCUCUGAGAACAAGAAGCACCAGGGCUCCAUCUUCUUCCCCCUACCGGACGGGACAGGCUUACGCUACCACCUGGAAGGAACUGCUGAAGCCCCCAGGUGUUCAGGGGCCAUUUCCCGGCAGGUUCCAUGCAGGAAGUGCCACACGGAGCUCAUCCCUGUGUCCAACUGGCUGCACAGACCACAGAGGUUCCUGGUGGUUAUUGACAUGCUCAAACCAGAGAACCUGGAAAGCAGUUCUGUGCUGCAGGGGUGUUCCUACAUGGACGUGCCAAGCUCUGCGAAGAAGGACUACCAGCUCACCUUCCUCUCCUACAAAGAAGGAGUCUUCAGGGCAAAGGUGACCUUCCUCAAUGAGACAACCGGAGAGUACUUGUUCCACAUGGUGACUUUCAAGGCGGUGGCUUCAGGACCCAUGGGCACUGUUCAAAUGAGCACCGCUGUUCGGCAGAGAGUGUCCUCCAGCGUCAAGGUGGACAACCCUCUGCCUGUCCCGGUGACGUUUGACAUCAACUGCAAAGUGCCCGACGUCAGCGUUCCCCAGCACUUUACUGUCCCUGCACAGUCGAAGGCGGAUCUUGUCUUGGAGUAUCAGCCCCUGCAAACGGGUGAGAGCAGCGGGCAGCUGGUGCUCCAGAGCAGCGACUUGGGCUCUCUGUUUUACACCCUGCAGCUGAAAGCCACCUGGAGCAGGCCAGAGAAGCCCGUGUAUUUCCGCACCAGGCUGGGCUCCCGUCAGACCAUCACCACCAAAAUACGGCAUUUUGCCCAGCAGAAGACCGAGUACCUCGUACAGACCGACUGUGCCGACUUCCAGACGGCAAAAUCCAUCAGUGCGGCACCCGCCAGUGCUGGGGGCUCGGACCUGAGCGUGGAAGUGACCUUUGAGCCCUGCCACCUGGGCGAAGCCAAGGCCACGCUGCAGCUCAGCUCUGCAUUGGGCGGGCAGUACUGCAUCCCACUCAUCGGCCUUGCGCUGCCCCCUGAAGCCCAGGGCCCCUUCCUCAUCCCAGCCGGCGGCACCACCUCCAUCUCCUUCAGGAACGUCUUCCGGAAGGCCACGGCGUUCCAAUACGCAGUGAAGCACCCGGGCUUCACCGUCAGGGCCCCCGAGGUGCUGCGUGCCAAGAGCAGCACCACCAUCACCGUCUCCUUCGCGGGCGGCCCGGCUCCUGUCACCAGCAGGCUGGUGGUCUCCUGCCCUGGGGGCUCCUGGAUCUACCACCUCCGGGGCCUGCCCUCCCCCCGCAAGUGAGCAGCUGCCCCCGGCCCUUCCUGCCACGUUCGUGCUCUCUGGAGCAAAUAAAUGUCAUUUAACAUCCUCCCACACGACGUCCUUGUCUCUAAAUGGGAGAGACGUGAAUUUGCUGGAUGGACACCCGGUGGACAAGGAAUUGGCUGGAUGACUGCACGCAGGGAGCUGCGGUCAGUGGCUCUAUGUCCAACUGGAGACCAGUG